GACAAGCCGCACUCACCUAAAGCGGCUAAGAAGAAGGGCAAGCUCGAGCGCUUGCGGGAUGCGCUGGCCAAGGCCAACGCCACCAACUCACAGAAGACCGCUCGCACGGAGAAGCAGGUCUCCACUCCAGACAGGGACAAAAGGAUCCCCGACUCCGAGUGGAAGGCGAUCACCAGAGCCAUGAGGGCCGCCGGUUUUGCAGUUCUCCCACCAAUAGAGAUUGAAUGCAAUGAUGAGGUCCAAUUUUCCGUCGACAUCACAUCCGAAGAUGUGAUCCAACAUCUGCGCAUGCUCAUCACUGAAGGCUACGUGUUCUAUGCCCACUUCGGGACACCGUGCUCUUCGUUCAGUCUGGCCCGCAAGCUCGAUGGAGGUCCUCCGCCUUUGCGGUCCAAGGACUUUCUUUGGGGGCUCCCUCAUCUGAAGCCAUGGGACGACCAAAAGGUCAAGAUAGGGAACCAGCUCAUGCAGCUCACGGUCGAUUUGGUCACAAGACUUCAAUCCGUAGGCUGCCUAUGGUCCAUCGAGAACCCGCUGAGUUCCUUCCUGUGGCUCAUGCCGCCCAUGGUUCAGUUGACCAAGCUCCCUCUAGCAGUUCGGACUGAGUUUGACAUGUGCCGAUUCGGGUCUGCACCUGAAACCCACCGCCAUUUUGGCCACAGUGGCACUCGAAGCUCUUGCACUUCGUUGUGA